AUGUCCAACCCAACCGCCUCCUUCAUCCCCCUGGGCGCCAUCAUCCAGUCCCUGGAUGUCGAUGGCACCAACAUCGUGCUCGGCUUCCCCUCCCAAAAGGCCUACGAGGAACACAACUCCUGCUUCUUCGGCGAGACCAUCGGCCGCGUCGCCAACCGUGUCAAGAACGCCAAGAUCGACUCUCUCAACGGUGGCAAGUCUUACACCCUGGCGGCUAACAACGGCGUCAACAACCUGCACGGCGGCGUCAAGGGUUGGGGCAAGAAGGUCUGGGACGGCCCCAAGCCCGUUGGUAUCAAGGAGAUCCCCGCGUUCGAGGGCAAGAGCGACAAGGUUGAUGGUGGUGAGAGCGUCCAGUUCACGCUUGUGAGCGAGGACGGCGAUGAGGGUUUCCCCGGAACGGUCGAGGCGAGGGUGACCUACACUGUCAGCAAGGAGAAGAGCGAGGAUGGCAAGGAGAAGGUCUUGUUGGGUAUUGAGUAUGAGGCGGAGCUGUUGGACGGUGAGGUCGAGGAGACGGUCAUCAACAUGACUAACCACUCAUACUUCAACCUAACCGGCGGCGACUCCAUUGAGGGCACCAUCGUCACCCUCGCCACAAACCAGUACCUCCCUGUCGACGAAGGUGGUAUCCCCACCGGUGGGCCCGCGCCCUUCCCCAAUCCCGUUGUCCAGGCCGGCGGCAACACCCCCUUCACCCUCGGCGCCGUCGAGCCCGAUAUCGACGAUUGCUUCAUCGUCAACGAGGACCCCUCAUUGGUCCCCAUCGACACCCGCUCGCUGCCCCUCAAGAAGAACCUCAGCGCGUACCACCCCGAGUCCAAGAUCCACCUCGAGGUGUACAGCACUGAGCCCGCCUUCCAGUUCUACACGGGCAAGUACAUUGACAUUCCCGAGGUGGAGGGCGUUCCCGCUCGCAAGGCCCGCGCUGGCUUCUGCCUUGAGCCUAGCAGGUGGGUCAAUGCUUGCAAUGUGCCCGAGUGGAAGGGACAGAUGCUGCUGAAGAAGGGAGAGAAGUAUGGGUGCAAGGUUCUGUACAGGGCGUGGAAGGAGUAA